AAAAGAGGGCCCAGCUGGGGUCCAGGCCACCUCUGCCCCUUGACGCUGACAUUGCAGUAGGAGCUAAGAGUUACUUGUCAGAUUGGAGACGCUAUCUUCUCGGUAGAGCAGCAGAUUUUCCCAGGUCGUUGAUUUCCUGGUAAAAAUGGAAAAUGUGGAAACAUGGAAAAAGACAACAUGAGCCAAAAGGAUGCCUUUAAAACUUGGGGCUGACCCGGAAGUGCUCGAGGGGUGAACAGGGGUGAACAGCUGGCAGAGAGGCAGUGGUUUCCUAGUGCUGGUCCUAGCGCCACCCCUUCCCCACAGACCACUCCUAGCGCCCCCCAGGCUCCUAGCGCCAGGCCCCCCCAUGGAACCCUCGGGGUUCCGCCCACUGGGAGGAGUCUCUCCAGAGGCCCACAGGGAGAGCAUUGGCUGGGAGCAUGCUGACCUACCUUUGUCCUCUGAGUCCCGGGAACUCUCUCUUGCUCUCCUUAAAUUGUUUUCUGUGUUUGCGAUCCAGCGUCUGCCGGUGUCCUGAGAGAGGAGCAGCAGCGCCCUCCACAGGUCUCGUCCCCCAAGAUCCGCUGCGUCCACCCUUCGGCCCGUCACGUCCUGGCACUUCGGCGGGUGCCCGUGUGCUCCAUGCAGAUGGGACUGCGCCAGGAACUCAAACUGGUCACCUUGUAGGAUCCAGCUUCUCUGGGACACUGCCGCUGAGCCACGAAGGCAGUCCUGUGAACCUUUAUUCUAAGAAUAUUCAUUUCAUCUGGUUUAUGAACCCGAAUUACAUAGACUCUAAAUGUCACAGAAGUAUUGAAAAGCUGCUCGGUCAUGAGCACCGACAGCAACUCGCUGGCACGUGAAUUUCUCACUGAUGUCAACCGGCUUUGCAAUGCGGUGGUUCAGAGGGUGGAGGCCCGGGAGGAAGAGGAGGAGGAGACGCACAUGGCGACCCUGGGCCAGUACCUUGUCCACGGCCGAGGAUUUCUCUUACUGACCAAGCUGAACUCCAUCAUUGAUCAGGGGCUGACCUGCAGAGAGGAACUCCUGACCCUUCUUCUGUCGCUCCUCCCGCUGGUGUGGAAGAUACCCGUGCAGGAAGAACAGGCGGCAGGUUUUGAUCUGCCGUUCUCAGCUGAUGUGAUCCUGACCAAAGAAAAGAACUCAAGUUCACAAAGAGCCACUCAGGAAAAAUUCCGUUUAGAAGGAAGUGCCCCACCUGGUCAGGUUUCUGCACAAGUAAACAUUCUUCGGAAAAGCAGACGACAGCGGAAAACUACCCACCGCUAUUCGGUAAGAGAUGCAAGAAAGACACAGCUGUCCACCUCUGACUCGGAAGCCAACUCGGAUGAGAAAAGUCUGGCAGUAAGUAAGCAUAGGAGGCCCCGUCCGCCGCAGCGUUUCGGGGCGCGGUCUCCGCAGGAAGACCACCUCCCAGUCGAACGUGACCGCUUAGCCACCAAAGAGGAACAGACUCCUCCUGAGACCAUGGCUCUGGAAACCCGCGGAGGGCCUGCCCCAGGGCAGCAGCCGAGCACUGACACGCUGAGUGAGCCGGCCGCCUCGUCUGUUCUCAGUAACAUGAGCAAUUCUCCGUUUGACUUGUGUCAUGUUUUGUUAUCCUUACUAGAAAAGGUUUGUCAGUUCGACCUCACCUUGAGCCAUAACUCUGCUCUCGUAGCCAGCGUGGUGCCCACCCUCACUGAGUUCCUCGCAGGCUUCGGGGACUGCUGUGCGCUCGGCGACAAUGCGGAGGGUCAGGUGGUCUCUGCAGGCUGGACGGAGGAGCCGGUGGCCUUGAUUCAGAGGAUGCUCUUCCNAACUGUGCUGCAUCUAAUGUCAGUGGACAUCAGUACCUCCGAGGUGAUGCCAGAGAGUCUGAGGAAAGACCUCACAGAAUUGCUUAGGGCAGCUUUAAAAAUGAAAACUUGCCUGGAAAGGCAGCCUGACCCUUUUGCACCAAGACAAAAAAGAACACUUCAGGAGGUCCAGGAAGGGUUUGUGUUUUCCAAGUACCGGCACAGAGCCCUCCUUUUGCCCGAACUUCUGGAAGGAGUUCUGCAGAUCCUCAUCUGCUGUCUUCAAAGUGCAGCUUCUAAUCCCUUCUACUUCAGUCAGGCCAUGGAUUUGGUUCAGGAGUUUAUUCAGCACCGUGGCUUUAAUUUGUUUGAAACAGCAGUGCUUCAAACGGAGUGGCUGGUUUUGAGACCUGGCGUUCCCCCAGAGGCCUCGGGACACUUGAAAGCCCUGAUAAGCAGUGUGAUGAAAAUUAUGAGCAUAGUCAAAAAAGUGAAGUCGGAGCAGCUUCACCAUUCGGUGUGCACACGGAAGAGGCACAGGCGCUGUGAGUACGCUCACCUUAUGCAUCACCACCGAGAUCUCUCCGGCCUCCCGGUUUCGGCUUUUAAAAACCAGGUUUCCAAGAACCCAUUUGAAGAGACAGCUGAUGGAGCUGUCCGCUACCCUGAGCGGUGCUGCUGCAUCGCGGUGUGCGCGCACCAGUGCCUGCGCCUGCUGCAGCAGGUUGCCCUGGGCAGCACGUGCGUCCAGAUCCUGUCAGGGGUCCACAGUGUUGGGGUCUGCUGCUGUAUGGACCCCAGGUCUGUCAUCAUCCCUCUGCUCCAUGCUCUCAGGUCACCAGCGCUGAAAGACUCUCAGCAGCACGUACUGAGCACCCUGCAGUGGCUGGUUUUGGAUCAUUUAGGAGGGGCGGAUGUACCGCCGAAAACCAAGACAGCCGUGUGCAACGUUUGCAGCAUGGACUCCGACCAGCUGGCCAUGUUAGAGGAGGCACUGCAGGGGGCCCCACGUGAUGCAGAGCCCUCCUCACACUUGUCCGGCCCUUCCUGCAGGUUCCGAGGGAUCCUGCCAAGCAGUGGGUCUGAAGACUUGCUGUGGAAGUGGGAUGCCCUAGAGGCUUACCAGAACUUCGUUUUUGAGGAAGACCGAUUACACAGUGCGCAGAUGGCCAGUCAUGUCUGCAGUUUGAUCCAGAAAGGCAACGCGGUCGUUCAGUGGAAACUGUACCAUUACGUGCUCAGCCCUGUGCUCCAGAGAGGGGUGGAGCUCGCGCAGCACCAUCAGCACCUUGGCGCUCCCGCGGCUUGCGCCCCGCUGUGCGGCCUUCACAGCCACCAGUGUCUGCCUCAGGAAGUGCUUCAGGUGUACGUCAAAGCCCUGCCUGGCCUGCUGAAAUCCAGGGUAAUAAGAGAUUUGUUUUUAAGUUGUAAUGGAGUAAAUCAGAUCAUCGAAUUAAAUUACUUAGAGGACAUUCGAAGCCAUUCCUUGAAAGCCUUUGAAACUCUGAUCAUCAGCUUGGGGGAGCAGCAGCGAGCUGCUUCAGCACUGGGUACUGACGGGGCGAACGGCGGGCAGCAGUCGUGCUCUGCAGACGGGAGCACUGCUCAGACCCCGCAGGCUUGCUCAGAGUCUCCUCGGAGUCUCAGCAGAUUUUAUGCCAACCUCAGAGAAGCUUAUCCAAAAAAGCGGAAGACUGUUUACCAGGAUGCUCACAUCUACGCCAUAAACCUGUUCCUCUGCGUGGCGUUUCUGUGCGUAAGUAAAGAAGCAGAGUGUGACAGGGAGUCGGCCAACGACUCGGAGGACACGUCUGGCUACGACAGCACAGCCAGUGAGCCGCUAAGUCACAUGUUGCCUCGCUUGUCUCCCGAGAGCCUCGUCUUGCCCACGCCCGAGCGAGUGCACCAGGCAGCAGACACCUGGUCCGCGUGCCGCUGGGUCUACAUGGCGAGCUCAGCCUUCCAGAAACAGUUCCACAGGCUCGGUGGUUUCCGCCUGUGCCAUAAGUUAGUGUUCAUGAUACUGCAGGACCUGUUCCGAGGGCCGCGGGAGGGGCAGCGCAGAGAGGAGGGAGCUGCGGGAGCCAGCGAGCAGCACGGCGCAGACCGGACCUCCCACCGUGAGGUGGCCCUGAGCGAAGACCCACUGUCAGUGACCGGAAGUAGCACCCUCACGCCCCCUGAGCAGGGCGCGCCAACCGAACAGGACGGUUGGCAGACGAGCGCUGAGUGCGUGGGCGAGGUCAACUCGCAGCAUGCUCCUUCCAAGAGUGCGGGACAGGUGUCUGCUGCCGAGGCUGCUUCCCAGGAAAUAGAGGCACUCUCAGGUCGGGAAAGGGAGACCUCCCUGCAGAGCAUCCGGCUUUUGGAAGCCCUCCUGGCUAUUUGCCUUCAUAGUGCACGAAGUAGUCAGCAAAAAACGGAAGUGGAGUUGCCCAGCCAGAACUUGUCUGUGGAGAAUAUAUUGCUUGAAAUGAGGGACCAUCUUUCCCAGUCAAAGGUGGUAGAAACAGAAUUAGCAAAGCCUUUGUUCGACGCCCUGCUCCGAGUCGCCCUGGGGAGCCACUCUGCAGAGGUGGAUCAUCACGCAGCAACGGCUGAGAAGAGCCGGCAGUCGGAGGAGGAGCCCCCGCCCCAGCCUGGCGACUUUUCCGAAGGAGCCGAGGAUUCUCAGAGCUGUCGUCUCAAACUUGUGGUUGAAGAGGAGGGCUAUGAUGCAGACAGCGAGAGCAACCCUGAAGACGGCGAAGCGCGGGGCGAAGGGACAGACCCAAAGCCUGAAGCAGAAGGCCUCAGCGGCCCAGGCAGUCCAACCAACCCACUCGAGGGCAUCGCUCACGGGGAAGUCGUGUACCCGGAGAUCUGCACGCUGGAGCUGUACCUGCUCUCUGCUGGUAAAGCCAGACUGGAGCUGCUGACCCAUGUAUUUGACAGCUUCUUGAAAAUCAUCAGGCAGAAAGAAAAGAAUGUUUUUCUGCUCAUGCAACAGGGAACUGUGAAAAAUCUUUUAGGAGGCUUCUUGAGCAUUUUAACGCGGGCCGAUUCUGAAUUUCAAGCAUGUCAGAGGGUACUGGUGGACCUCCUGGUGUCACUGAUGCGCUCACAGACGUGCUCAGAAGACCUGACCCUUCUGCUGAGAAUAUUCCUGGAGCCGUCCCCUUGCACAGAAAUCCUUCUCUGGGGCAUUCUGAAAAUCGUCGAGAGCGACGCCCCCAUGAGCCCACUGCAGUCUCUGACCUUCCCGUGGCUGCACACUCCACACGGGGGCGGCGGCGUUUCAUCUCACAAGGGCCCCGGGAUUCUGACCACGAAGGCUGCAGGCUUGCUACGACGCGCCCGAGCUUCCCGGGGCCAGGCCGAGGCCAACAGGGAGAGUCCACCUCACCGGCUGCUGUCCUCCUGGCACGUGGCCCCCGUCCACCUGCCGCUGCUGGGGCAGAACUGCUGGCCACACCUGUCCGAAGGCUUCAGUGUCUCCCUGUGGCUCCACGUGCAGCCUGCCCACGAGGCUGAGGGCACCACAGAAAGCAGCAAGAGGCCCAGAAAAAGGAACAAGUCGUUAAUCUUACGGGGUGGCAGUUGGGACGGCACAGAGAGCGACAGGCCGGAAGGUGCAGAGCGCACAGACCCUGGUGACAGGCUGGUCGAAGAAGGCUGUCUCCACAUCAUCUCCCUGGGGUCCAAAGCACUGAUGAUCCAAGUGUGGGCUGUGCCCCAGAAGGGCAUGCUUAUCUUUCGCGUGUGCGUGGACUCAGAUGACGGUAGGGGAGCCACCUUACUAGCCCAGGCCGAGUCACAGGAGGGUGUGUUCCUGCCGAGCACGUGGCAGCACCUUGUGCUCACCUACUCACAGCAGCCGCAGGGGAAGAAGAGCGCCCACGGGGCCGUCUCCAUGUGGGUGUCCGGGCAGAGGAAGCCUGGCCUUACUUUGGAUUUCACGCUCCCGAGAAAAGCGGGCUUGUCGUCUGACAGCAAUAGGACAUUCUGCAUGGUCGGCCACUGCCUGUCAUCCCAAGAAGACUUUCUGCACUUGGCUGGAAAGUGGGACCUGGGGAAUCUGCUGCUCUUCAAUGGAGCUAAGAUUGGUCCACAAGAGGCCUUCCACCUGUAUGCCUGUGGCCCCAACCACACGUCCGUAAUGCCCUGUAAGCAUGGCAAGCCAGCGGACGACUACUCCAAGUACGUGAGCAAGGAGAUCUUGCAGUGCCAGCAAAUCAGAGAACUGUUUCUGUCCAAGAAAGAUGUGGACCUUGGCCUCUUGAUUGAAAAUCUGUCCGUGGUUUAUGCAACUUACAGUCCCGCUCAUUAUACCAUCUAUGAGCCGGUGAUUCGACUGAAAGGCCAGGUGAAAACCCCACUCUCCCAGCGACCCUUCAGCCCAAAGGAAGCUCAGAGCAUCUCCCUGGAGCCCCAUCACCUGAAGACUCUCCAGCCCACAGCAUGCAGGACCAUCCAUGGUGUUCUGCAUGAACUUGGGGGUACUGGCGUGUUCAUUUUCCUCUUCGCCAGGGUUGUUGAACUCAGUAGCUGUGAGGAAACUCAAGCGCUAGCCCUGCGAGUUCUACUCUCCUUAAUCAAGUACAACCAACAGCGAGUUCGCGAGCUCGAGAGCUGUAACGGCCUGUCCAUGAUGCAUCAGGUGUUGACCCGACAGAAGUGCAUCGUCGGCUUCCAUGUUUUGAAGGCCCUCCUGGAAGGUUGCUGUGGUGAAGACAUGGUCCGUCUCAGUGAGAACGGCGCGUUCACCCUGGAUGUGGAGUCCGACGCUAUCGUCCGAGACGUCAGACUGCUGGAGGAGCUGCUGCUCGACUGGAAGAUCUGGAGGAAAGCCGAGCCAGGUGUCUGGGGAGUCCUGCUGGCGGCGCUGGAGGUCCUGGUCCGGGCAGAGCACCCCCACCAGGUGUUCAACAUUCAGCAGUUACUGAACGCGCGAGCGGUCCACCACUUUCUUCUGACCUGUCAGGUCUUGCAGGAACACAAAGAGGGGCAGCUCACCUCCAUGCCCCGAGAGGUUUGUAGAUCGUUUGUGAAAAUUAUAGCAGAAGUCCUUGGAUCGCCUCCAGACUUGGAAUUAUUGACGAUUAUCUUCAAUUUCCUUCUAGCAGUUCACCCUCCCACUAAUACUUACGUUUGUCACAACCCCACCGGCUUCUACUUCUCCCUGCACAUAGAUGGCAACAUCUUCCAGGAGAAGGUGCGGUCCAUCGCGUCCCUGCGGCACUCCAGCAGUGGGGCGCAGCCCCUCGGCAGCCCCGGGCUCACAGCCCUCAGCCCGUCCAGCUUCGCCGCGUCACCUCCGGAAGGACGUGGUUCCGCCAGCUCGGGCCCGCCGCCGGCCACCCUCCUGCCCCGUUCCCACAGCCUACCGGCCUUUCCUGUUUCUUCGCCUCGAACGGAACCAUGGAAACUGACCGGAAGCUUGGGUUGCAGUCUGGACAGAUUGCCAGAUCCCGCAGACACCUAUGCCGCUCACCAGUCGGAGAGACAGGAGCCUGUGGAGGGUCCCAGCACGUCGAGCAGAGGCCGAGAGGACGGGCCCCUCAGUAGCUGCGACUCUGCGGGAACCGUCUGUGAGAUGGGCGCCGUCCCCUCAGCCCUCACCGCGGCCAGUGUCUCCCCGGGGACGCGAGGCUUUCCAGCCGUCAGAGCGGAUCCUAGAGACGCAGGGCCCGAGCCCAGAGCAGACGAGGACAGCCCUGGGGACGAGUCCUGCCCGCGCCGGCCCGACCACCUCAAGGGACUGGCCUCGUUCCAGCGCAGCCACAGCACCAUGGCCAGCCUCGGCCUCGCCUUCCCUGCACUGGCCGGGUCUGCAGCCCUGGGCUGGCGGCCGAGGCCUGUCGACGGGACCCCUGAGGGCUGGGAGAACCUGGCUGCUUCCCUCAGUUACCAGCCCGACUACGGCCAGGCUGCCGGCGCGCACAGUGUGAUGGAGGACUGCCUGGUCCCCAUUUGCUGUGGCUUGUAUGAACUCGUAAGUGGAGUUCUUCUCACCCUGCCGGACGCUAUGCUUGAAGAUGUGCUGGACAAGAUCAUCCAGGCAGAUGAUGCCACUUUAUUAGAUGCAUAUUUUAAUAGGGCGUCUAAGGAACAAAAAGACAAAUUUCUGAAGAAUCGUGGCUUUUCCUUGCUAGCCAACCAGUUGUACCUUCAUCGGGGCACUCAAGAAUUGUUAGAAUGCUUUACCGAAAUGUUCUUCGGGCGGCGGAUUGGUCUGGAUGAAGAAUUUGACCUGGAAGAUGUGAGAAACAUGGGGCUUUUUCAGAAGUGGCGUGUCGUCCCUCUCCUGGGACUGAUAGAGACCUCCCUGUGUGACCACAUGCUCGUGCACAGUGUCCUGCUACUCCUUCUCCGGGUCUUGAACUCCUGCUCGAAGGCAGCAGACCUGCUCUUGGACAACGGGCUGCUCCACGUGCUGUGCAACACCAUCGCGGCCCUGAACGGGCUGGGGGAGAACGUCCCUGUGAGUGAGCACCGGCUGCUCGCCUGCGACAUCCAGCAGCUGUUCACGGCCGUCACCAUCCAUGCCUGCAGCUCCGCUGGCCCCCAGUACUUCAGGGUGAUCGAGGACCUCAUCGUGCUGCUGGGCCACCUUCAGAACAGCAAAAACCGGAGGACGCAAAAUAUGGCUGUAGCACUGCAGCUUAGGGUCCUGCAAGCUGCAAUGGAGUUUGUGAGGAGUACAGCAAGCCACGACUCCGAGGCCCUGGCAGAGUCAUCGCGGUCGCCCUCUGCGCCCCAUCACACUGCCUUCCAAAAGCGGAGGAGCGUUGCUGGGCCUCGGAAAUUUCCGCUUGCUCAGACGGAAUCGCUUCUGUUGAAAAUGCGGUCCGUGGCAAGUGACGAGCUCCACGUGAUGAUGCAGCGGAGACUGAGCCAGGAGGGCCCCAGCCAGGCCACCGAGAUGGAGCUCGUCCAGAGACUGCAGAGGCUCGUCGUCCUGGCAGUCAACAGGAUCGUCUACCAAGAGUUUAAUUCCGACAUUUUUGAUAUUCUGAGUACUCCAGAAACUACAACGCAGGGCAAGCUGUCCGCUCCCCAGACUGACGUCGCUCAGGGAGGCACUCGUCGUCAGCAACCUUCUGUUUUCAAUCCGUUUCAGAAAGAAAUGUUCUCCUAUCUGGUGGAAGGAUGCAAAGUCUGCAUUGCUUCAAGUAAAAGCAGUGGUUCUAAGCAGCAGUGGACUAAGAUCCUGUGGUCCUGUAAGGAGACCUUCCGAAUGCAGCUUGGGAGGCUAUUAGUACAUAUUUUGUCACCAGCCCACACCACACAGGAGAGAAAGCAAAUUUUUGAAAUAAUUCAUGAACCGGAUCAUCAGGAAAUACUGCGUGACUGUCUCAGCCCGUCCCUCCCACACGGAGCCAAGUCGGUUUUGUACCUGUCAGAGCUGAUGCACGUCCACCGGGACGAACUGUCGGCCGAGGAGCUGGAGGCGGGAGAGCUGCUGCUGGGUGCCCUGCGGCUGUGCGGCCACAAGUGCACCCUCCCCAGCGCGCCCUCAAAGCCAGACCUCGCCAAGGCCAUCGAGGAGGAUCUAAAGAAAUGUGCAGCAGAAGAGAGUGUGAGUAAAGCCACCUGGCAGAAGACAGUGUCCAACAAUCAACAAAGUCUUUUCCAGCGUCUUGAUUCGAAAUCAAAGGGUAUAUCCAAAAUAGCUGCAGACAUCACCCAGGUCGUGUCCCUGUCCCAGGGGCUGGAGAGGAAGAAGGUGAUCCAGCACAUCAGAGGGGCGUACCGGGUGAGCCUCAGCGCCAGCAGGCACUGGCAGGAGCUCAUGCAGCAGCUGACCCACGACCGAGCAGUCUGGCAUGACCCUCUCCACUGCCCAACCUCGUGGCAGCUGGACCCAACAGAAGGGCCGAAUCGUGAGAGGAGGCGUCUGCAGAGAUGUUACCUGACUAUUCCGAAUAAGUACCUCCUCAAGGACAGACAGAGGUCACAAGGUGUGGUCAGACCGCCACUGUCCUACCUAUUCGAAGACAGAACUCAUUCUUCCUUCUCGUCUACUGUCAAGGACAAGGCUGCGAGUGAGUCUAUAAGAGUCAACCGAAGAUGUAUCAGCGUUGCACCAUCCAGAGAGACAGCUGGGGAACUCUUACUAGGCAAGUGUGGAAUGUAUUUUGUGGAAGAUAAUGCUUCUGAGACUGCUGAGAGCUCGAGCCUUCAGGGAGAGCUGGAGCCAGCGUCGUUUUCCUGGACAUACGAGGAGAUCAAAGAGGUUCACAAGCGUUGGUGGCAGCUGCGGGACAACGCCGUGGAGGUCUUCCUGACGAACGGCAGGACGCUGCUGCUGGCCCUCGACAGCUCCAAGGUCCGGGACGACGUCUACCACAGCAUCCUCACGAACAGCCUGCCCAACCUCCUGGAGUACGGCAACCUCUCCGCCCUGACGGGCUUCUGGUACGCCGGCCAGAUCACCAACUUCGAGUAUCUGACUCACCUAAACAAGCACGCCGGCCGCUCCUUCAACGACCUCAUGCAGUACCCCGUGUUCCCGUUCAUCCUGGCCGACUACGUGAGCGAGACGCUGGACCUCGGUGACCCAUCCAUCUACAGAAAUCUGGCCAAGCCUAUAGCCGUGCAGUACAAGGAGAAAGAAGACCGCUACGUGGACACGUACAAGUACUUGGAGGAUGAGUACCGCAAAGGGUCCAGGGAAGAUGACCCCAUGCCUCCCGUGCAGCCCUACCACUACGGCUCCCACUACUCCAACAGCGGCACUGUACUGCACUUCCUGGUGAGGAUGCCACCUUUCACCAAGAUGUUCCUUGCCUAUCAAGAUCAAAGUUUUGACAUUCCGGACAGAACUUUUCAUUCCACCAACACCACCUGGCGGCUCUCGUCUUUCGAGUCCAUGACCGACGUGAAGGAGCUCAUCCCGGAGUUUUUCUAUCUUCCGGAGUUCUUGGUCAACCGCGAAGGCUUCGACUUCGGUGUGCGUCAGAAUGGCGAAAGGGUCAAUCACGUCAACCUCCCGCCCUGGGCACGUAACGACCCCCGCCUCUUCAUCCUCAUCCACCGGCAGGCCCUGGAGUCCGACUACGUGUCCCAGAACAUCUGUCAGUGGAUUGACCUGGUGUUCGGGUACAAGCAGAAGGGGAAGGCAUCUAUCCAGGCCAUCAACGUUUUCCACCCUGCUACCUACUUCGGAAUGGAUGUCUCCGCAGUUGAAGAUCCAGUUCAGAGACGAGCGCUGGAGACAAUGAUCAAGACCUAUGGGCAGACGCCCCGCCAGCUGUUCCACACAGCCCAUGCCAGCAGACCUGGAGCCAAGCUGAGCCUUGAGGGAGAGCUCCCGGCUGCCGUGGGCUUGCUGGUGCAGUUCGCCUUCAGGGAGAGCCGAGAACAGGUCAAGGAAGUUACCUACCCGAGCCCUCUGUCGUGGAUAAAAGGCUUGAAGUGGGGGGGGUACGUCGGCUCCCCCAGCGCCCCGGUCCCUGUGGUGUGCUUCAGCCAGCCCCACGGGGAGAGCUUUGGCUCUCUGCAGGCCCUGCCCACCAGGGCCAUCUGUGGCCUGUCCCGGAACUUCUGCCUGCUGAUGACGUACAGCAAGGAGCAAGGCGUGAGGAGCAUGAACAGCACCGACAUCCAGUGGUCGGCCAUCCUGAGCUGGGGGUACGCGGAUAACAUCCUGAGGCUGAAGAGCAAGCAGAGCGAGCCCCCGGUGAACUUCAUCCAGAGCUCGCAGCAGUACCAGGUGACCAGCUGUGCUUGGGUGCCGGACAGCUGCCAGCUGUUCACCGGGAGCAGGUGCGGCGUCAUCACCGUCUACACGAACAGGCUCACCAGCGGCACGCCCGCAGAGAUCGAGGUGGAGGCCCAGACGCACCUGUACGGGCACACGGAGGAGGUGACCGGCCUGUGCGUCUGCAAGCCGUACAGCGUGGUGGUCAGCGUGAGCAGAGACGGCACCUGCAUCAUUUGGGACCUCAACAGGCUGUGCUACGUACAGAGUCUGACGGGACACAAGAGCCCUGUCACGGCUGUCUCUGCCAGCGAGACGUCAGGGGACAUCGCGACGGUGUGUGAUUCAGCUGGCGGUGGCAGUGACCUCAGACUCUGGACGGUGAACGGGGACCUGGUGGGACACGUGCACUGCAGGGAGACCAUCUGCUCCGUGGCCUUCUCCAACCAGCCCGAGGGCGUGUCUGUCAACGUGAUCGCCGGGGGCUUGGAGAAUGGGGUCGUCAGGCUGUGGAGCACGUGGGACCUGAAGCCUGUGCGAGAGAUCACCUUCCCCAAGUCCAGCCAGCCCAUCGUGAGCCUGACGUUCUCCUGUGACGGCCACCAUCUGUACACCGCCAACAGCGAGGGGACCGUGAUCGCCUGGUGUCGGAAGGACCAGCAGCGCCUGAAGCAGCCCAUGUUCUAUUCCUUCCUCAGCAGCUACGCAGCCGGGUGAGCGAGAGGACGCCACACCCUUCAAGGCAGUCACUGUGACCCGGAAGUGCAGGCUUGUCCAUGCAGGGGUUGAACCUGAGGACACGGGAUGGCCCCACCACUGUUCAGAUAAUGAUCAGGCCCGUCCAUGGCACACGGCUGUGCAGCCUCAGGCCUCACCGUGGUGCCUGGGGGGCCGUGGCACUGGCACUGAGCAGCCCGUGGAAGUCGGACACGGUCAGUGACAUCAUGGUUCUUCACGGUUUCCCCACAAAGGCGUCCCAACGAGAAGAUCAGGGUCUCCCUUUUCUCUGUUGUUCCAAAAGGGCCCAUGGUGUGGAGCUGGUGAGCCACUUCCCUACAGCAAAUACUCUAAAAUGUGUAUUUAAACCAUUUCUGCCACGAAAUACUCUCCCUGUAAAAAAAACAAAGAGAAAGAAGGAAAGAAUUUUCAGGACUCAGCUUUCUUUGGGAAGCAGAUUAUACAUUGGGCCUCUGCGUUGGACAUUCUGUGGCACAUCUGAGCCCUAAGAGCACAGACUACCAGAGUCUCCCAUCAGAUAGUUCUUGCCAGUCGCCUUCUUAGCUCAAAAGAGAACCAGAUUUUUGACAGCUACAGACAAGAGUACGGGUGUCUUUUAUUGGAAACACAAUUUGCAUCUUUUUUUCCUUUAGAGAGGUUUUUGUUAUAGGGCACAUGCGCUCGCCAGAAAGACAGAGACAGACAGAGACAGAAAGCGAGAAAUCACCCCCCAGGGUGAUGGCC